UAAGAAGAAGGCGUUUCUUUUAGUAGAUGCGCACUUACAGGCACUGACAUUUUAGUGUAAGACUCACGACUGGAUUUAUGGAAGUGUCUGCACGUUUCCUCCGCUAACAUUUUCUAAUUGUGUAAUUUGAAUGCCUUGAGAGGAUACCUUCAUAACCUUAAUUUAAAGACAAUUAGAAGAUGGCUAACAAGGCAGAGUCCACAAUGAGCACUACCACUAGUGAGAGUGUGUCCCACAGUGUGCUGAGCUGGGACCAGGUGGGCCGUCUCAAUGAGGUCCUGACAGCUGUGGUGCCAGUCCACGGCAGAGGGAACUUCCCAACCCUGGAGGUGCGGCUGAAAGACAUUGUUCAGAUGGUGCGCACCCGUCUGGAGCUGAGGGGAAUUAAAGUGAAAGACGUUCGUCUGAACGGCUCUACAGCCAGCCAUGUGCUGGUGCAGGACAUUGGCUGGAGCUACAAGGACCUGGACAUCAUCUUUAGGGUGGACCUGCCCCUGGAGUCAGGGUUCCAGCUGGUCAAAGAUGUGGUGCUGGGCACUCUGCUGGACUUCCUCCCUGAGGGGGUGAACAAGGAGAAGAUCACCCCCAUGACCCUAAAGGAGGUCUAUGUUCAGAAGCUAGUCAAGGUGUAUACUGAGCAGGACCGCUGGAGCCUCAUCUCCCUCUCCAACAACAACGGGCGCAACGUGGAGCUGAAGUUUGUGGACUCUAUCCGCCGGCAGUUUGAGUUCAGCGUGGAUUCAUUCCAGAUCGUGUUGGACUCGCUGCUCUCCUUUUACGACUUCUCGCCGGAGAACCCUAUGUCUAGCCACUUCCACCCCACCGUGGUGGGUGAGAGCGUGUACGGGGACUUUGGUGCGUCUCUGGACCACCUCAUGAACAAACUGAUCGCCACCAAGCGACCGGAGGAGAUCCGUGGCGGCGGCCUUCUCAAGUACUGCAACCUACUGGUGAGAGACUUCCGGCCCACCUCGGAGGAGGAGUUCAAGGGCCUGGAGCGUUAUAUGUGCUCCCGCUUCUUCAUCGACUUCCCUGACAUUGGUGAGCAGCAACGGAAGCUGGAAGCCUACUUACAGAGCCACUUUGUGGGUGAGGAGAAGAGCAAGUAUGACUACCUCAUGAUCCUGCGGCGCGUGGUCAACGAGAGCACGGUGUGCCUCAUGGGCCACGAGAGGCGGCAGACCCUUAACCUAAUCUCGCUGACAGCCUUCAGGGUGCUGGCUGAGCAGAACGCCAUCCCAGACGCAUCCAGUGUCACCUGCUACUACCAGCCGGCGCCCUAUGUCCGAGACCACAACUUCAGCAACUACUACGUUGCCUCGUGUAACCAGAAUAUUCCAACAUGGCUGCCAUGUAACUGAGAGACCCAUAUAACAUGAAGACUGCUGCUUUGAGAAAGGGGAAAAAAAAGUCAGAUGUGCCAAAAAAAAUAGAAAUGAGAAAUUUCACUCUGUAGUCAUAAAGGAUAUAUUUAAAUGGCCAAGUGUUUAGUUUUUAUUUUGGUCUCCCUUCUCCUUUCUCAUUCCUUAUCUACAGAGGUGUCAAGAUCAUUGGAUCAAAAGUGAUAUUUUUUAAGUGUUAUUUUGAUUAUAUUUUUUUGCCUUUUCUCAGAUUGUAAUGUUUUUGUUUGUUUCCCCUAAUGAGAAAAUUGGCUUCAAAUUAACAUCCUGAUUCAAGAAUGAGUUCUACUUGGUGCCCACAUGUUAAGUGUAUUUGGUCCAUCUUCAAAGAAAGGGAAACAAAUAUUUAGAAGUUUUAUUUGGGUUUUGCUCCUGUGUGUAUUGAAGAAAAAGAAAAAAAAGCUGAAAAUUGUUGUUAAAAAAUUUUUCAAAAAAAAGUGUAAAAAAAUAAUUGUUAACUAAAGAGAUGUGAAGCACAAAGUGUAAAAGGUAAUCCUGAGAUGACAUCAAUGUUUAGUUCACUGAUGAGCAGUAUGGGUUUGCUCAUCAGUGUUUUGAGGAAUUUUCUACUAGUGAGAUGACUGUCCCCAUCUCAUUUAGAAGGCAUCUAAACGGGAGGCAGAGGAGUGGCUCAUUUUGUUUUUAAAGCAAAGGUGUAAAAAGAAAGGUAAUCUGACCCAAUAUCACUAGCACAGUGCUGCCAGAGUGCCUGUGCUGUGUAGACUUUGUAGAGAAAAAUGUGUAUUUUAUUUUCUGCUGUGACUAGCCUCCUUCCUAAAUCUGUUCAGCCAAUACAAUGUAUAGACAAUAGUUCAUAAUAUAUAGGGUGCAUCUCAAUAGUGUUAAGUGGCUUCUUCUCCCUAGUAUCCUCUCCUCCAUGCAACAGGUCAAGUAGAAAUGUAGACUGCCUAUCCAAACCUUUCACCUGUUUGUGGUAAUGCUUGAAAGGAGCCUAGCAAAGGAAGCCAUGCACGAGUAUUGAGAAGCACACCAUACAGUGUAAUUCUUUGGGCCUUUUUGCUCACCGAUCGUGGCUAAUGUAUGUUGUGGGGAGUUGCUAUUCUUUUCUUUUAAACCUCUUCCAAAACAUUGGCGCAGCAGUGACCACUCAGAUGUCAGAGUUUACGGUCCAUGUGGUGGGGUCUGUACUGUAAGCUCAUUCAGAGAACAGGACAGGGCCUUCACCUCCCUCCUUCUGGAGUCUAGUCUGAAAGUCAGGGAGAGACUGUCCUUUCCCUUAAAAGGAGCCCCACUUGGCGGGGCCCUGGAACCCCUUGCAGGCCUUCCUUUGCAGGCAGUGGCCUGAAAUGGGAUCCCAGUCUGGUGCAGGCCAGCCAAUAGCUGUAACGGCAGCCAAUAAUUAAAGUGGGGAGGGAGUGUGUGUACGGUAGAGAAUGACAAGGUUGUGCCAGCGUGUGACGGCAACCUUAUGCGUGGGGUGCUGACUCACUUCCCUCUCCACCACCCCCUAAGGGUUUGCAGGGGGCAGGUUUGAACCCUUUUCUGGUCAUGGGAGGAUAGGGGAGCACUGCUGCCUGCCUGGCACAUUCAACAAAAUGUAAGUGUCUGGAUUUCCGUUCCCAUUUUGGAGCUCACGCGUCUUGAUUUACAUGGCAGAAGUUGUACUCUGCUCUACGACAGGCAUCCGAGUACACCCUCCCACCCUAAUUAAACUUUAAAACCCAUUUAGAAAUUGCACCCCCCAUCUCCUUUUCUACUGACCUGACAAUUUUAAUUUCCAGUCUAUUGAGCCAACUGUUCGCCUUAAGUAUUUCUGUCCAACCAAACCCAGGGACUUAUUUUUGGACCUUGAAGGCAACACGGCUUUCACUGAUGGAUGAGCAGCAGUGACUCAACCGUUUGUCGUCCC